AUGAGUCUCCAGGAGAUACAAGGUGAUUUACUCAACUGUGAGGUAGAAGCUAUUGUUCAUCAAUGUAAUUGUUUAACUAUAAAAGCUCAUGGAUUGAGUCAAAGUAUUGCAGAGAAAUUCCCACAAGCUAAUCUCUAUGCCACUCGAAGACCUCUAGGGACUAGAAAUUUAGCCGUAGAAGAAGAUAGAGGAAUUCCAGGCACUAUUAAGGUGUUUCCCUCACAAACUCCUGUGGUCAUUUGUUUAUUAGCUCAAUGGGAUUAUGGAAAAGCAAGUCACCGAUCUAAAAGAAUUUCCACUUAUCAGGAUAUCCCACAAAACAGAGAGCAAUGGUUUCAAGCCUGUUUACAAGAAAUGGGGGAAAGUGUAUAUGGAGAACAUUGGCUCGGGAAUAAAAUGAUACACCGACUGACAAAUCAGGAUCACUACACACUUAGAACUGAGAUGACGGACUGGGAUAAAAACCGUAAAUACGCUGAAUAUAGCACGUUUGUAGUUGAUGAUGAAGAUGAUGGGUACAAAUUACAUAUCGGGGGUUACGAGGGAGACGCCGGUGAUGGAAUCAUUAAACAUAACAAUAAAAAAUUCUCCACUCGAGAUGUUGAUAAUGAUCAAGUUGUGAAAGAAUUUGGUGGAAGUUGCGCAAAGAGAUUCCACGCAGCAUGGUGGUUUUAUAAGUGCUUACAGAGCAAUUUAAAUGGAAAAUAUUAUAGAAAUGGGAAAAUUGACGAUAAAAAAUAUGAUGGUGUAACAUGGAAACCCUGGACUGGCACAAACUAUUCACUUAAACACGUGGAGAUGAAAAUAAGACCGAAUUUAGAGCGCAAAGUUACAUAA